AUGGCGACGGGCCAAGGAUGCCGAGAGAGCCACGCGUGCGGGAGAUCACAGAGCAUGCAGACUGGCUACCUACGCACAGACAAGGGCGAAUAUCUCAUAGAACCUGUACGUAAUCACGCCCGUAACGCCCACGAUCCUCACCCUCACGUCGUGUACAAGCGGUCCGCUCUGCCCACUCAGGACCAUGAACGCCACUCCUGUGCGACGAAAGAAAGCUACGAGCGAGCUCUUCACGAAAGAGAGGAAUGGGAGGAGAGUCAGGAAGACGAGAUGAAGAAGCGGAGGAGGAGGAGGAGAAGGAGGAGGAGCGUGAGCGUAGAGAGGAACGUGGAGGUGACGGUCGUGGCGGACAAGAAAAUGGUUGAUUAUUAUUCAAAUGAAGACAUCAAUACAUAUAUACUCACCGUUAUGAAUAUGGUGUCCAGUGUGUACCGCGACGCCAGUCUUGGCAAUGCUGUCAACAUGUACGUCGUCCGCAUUAUGUUGCUCGAGGACCCGCAGUAUGAGGAGGAGCUGGACAUCAGCCACAACGCCGACGACACCCUCAGGAGCUUCUGUCAGUGGCAGCAGAUGAUCAACCCCGGAAAUGAGACUCACCCUUACCAUCACGACGUGGCUGUGCUCAUCACCAGGUACAACAUCUGCAGCCGCAUGACCGAGAGGUGCUCCACGCUGGGAGUCGCUGAGAUUGCAGGCAUGUGUCAGCCUCUGCGCUCUUGCAACGUGAACGAGGACACAGGGUUGCAGAUUGCAUACACAAUCGCUCAUGAACUUGGCCACAACUUCGGCAUGAACCACGACGGGCCGCAGAACGGGUGUCAGGCACAGUACGGAGUGAGCCAGCAUGUCAUGUCACCGCACCUGACCAGCGAGCCACUGCCGGUCACGUGGUCCAACUGCAGCCGGAAGGAGAUCACGCACUUCCUUGACCGCGACUGGGGCGCUUGCUUGGAGGACGAGCCCCCCCAGGUGGAGUACAGCUUCCCCGAGCUCCCCCCUGGUGCCAUGUACGACGCCGACCACCAGUGCCGCCUGAGCUUCGGCGCCGGUGCCACCCACUGCGAAGGCAUUGAGGGCACCGAGAGGAUCUGCCAGACGCUGUGGUGCCACCUGGACAACCGCUGCAUCACGCGCAUGGAGCCGGCGGCCGAGGGGACACACUGCGGGAAGCACAAGUGGUGCGUGAUGGGGCGCUGCGUGACCAUGGGCGAGCGUCCUGCGGCCAUCAACGGCGAGUGGGGGUCGUGGUCCAGCUGGUCGCAAUGCACGCGGUCCUGCGGCGCCGGCACGCAGAUGGCGGAGCGGCACUGCGACAACCCCGCGCCCGCCAACGGAGGCCGCUACUGCACGGGCGACCGCAAGCGUUACCGCAUCUGCAACACGGAGGACUGUCCCGAAAACGGCGUGAGCUUCCGAGCACAGCAGUGUUCCAAGUUCAACGCCGUGCCGUACAAGGGCGCCAACCAUACCUGGCAGCCCGUCAUGCAGCAUCACACUCCAUGCGAGUUGCAAUGUAAACCCGACGAUGAAUUCUACAGCGUGAAACUAGCCGAGGUUGUAGCGGACGGUACGCCUUGCAAACUCGGUACAAGAGAUAUGUGCAUUAACGGCAUGUGCAAGGAUUACACAAAUAAGAACUGUCAGUCUAUCAGAACGAGGAAGAGAAGUGAACCACAGCACAUCCCUGUAAAGUUCAACAAGUGCUGGAGAUUUAAGUCAACAAGUGCUAGAGAUUCAAGUCAAUGGGUGAGGGAGAUUGAAGUCAACAAGCGCUGGAGAUUUAAGUCAACAAGUGCUAGAGAUUCAAGUCAAUGGGUGAGGGAGAUUGAAGUCAACAAGCGCUGGAGAUUCAAGUCAACAAGUGCUGGAGAUUCAAGUCAACAAUGUGCUGGAGAUUCCAAGUCAAUGAGUGAUGGACAUUCAAGUCACAAGUGCUGGAGAUUCAAGUCAACAAGUGCUGGAGAUUCAAGUCGAUGGUGA